CAGUGCGUGGAGUCGCGCUCACUCGUUGUAUAAUUUCCUAGAAAUCCUACCGGAAUAAUGUUCCGUUUAGUACAAAGAUUCCGAAUAAGGAACUACUGCACCCAGUCAGGAACGUCGCAGUUGGUCAAUUCGCUAGCUUCCUCCAUCGAUGGUCUGGAAAAGGAAACUCUGACCAAACUGUUCCAAAGCGCACCACAACUCGCCAAGUAUGUCCCCGAGCUGUGGCAUCGGACGUACAAUCUGAUGGCUCAGGAAGGUAUCGACACCGCCAACUUCCUCUCCAUCGUGACAGGCUAUCCGGAAGUUCUUACCCGGCAUCCGGACCGGUUGACUUCCAGCAUGCACUGCUGGCGAUCGUGUCAGUUUGGUGACCGACAAAUGCAGGUGCUGUUGGCUGCCCAUCCACAGUUGUUCGAUUUUACCGAUCACAACCAGCUGGCCCAGAGGGUAGCGUUCCUGCAUUCGUAUUUUGAAACGCGAAAGAACGUCUGGCGGUUAUUCCUGAACUGUCCGAAUCUGGUGGUGGACAAGGAGGGGGACAUUAGGCCGAAGAUAGACUACGUUCUGCAGACAAUGCGAAUCGAAGUGCUGGAGGUGGUCAAGUCAUGUGCGUUUGUGGCGGAUCUGGACCUGAUUCGCUGUAGGCAUGUGUUCCUUGAACGGUUGGGAUUGUUUAAACCGAGGAGUUUGAAGGCGGAACCCGGGGAUCCUAGCAGUAAUCCUAAGCUGCACCAGAUAACCGACACCACUGAUAAGCGAUUUGCGGUGAAGGUGGCAUUCGUGACCCUGGAGGAGUAUGAGGCUUUUGUAGAGUUGUACCGGAAGGAGCGGGACCGCUUCGGGGAGGGAACUGGGGACCUGGAUGAGGAGGACGAUGAGUACGAUUUUGAUGAUGCAGCUGAUGAAGGACGCCAGGAAAGGAAGCAAAAGUAUCGGAAGAAGACGAGAAGGAACAACUCCGGGCGGUGAUAAGGUAGCUGGUUCCAGUCUGUUGAUUCUUGUAAUAUAGAUUAGGUUCACGUGA